AAAUGCCCUGUGUCGGCUGGUUACACACGAAACAUUUCCCGGAGCACCGGCCUCUGUGAGAUUUUCCGGUGGCCGUCGACGGUCUCGACUGACAAAGGCGUAGACUACCUCGGCAUAUCGUUCCCCGAGACGAUUUUCUCGUUUGACACGAUCCGUAAGUUCACGCAGUCUCAGGCCGUGUUCUUGGAGGCCACGCUCGUGAUGCUUCUCUCCUGGUUCGUCUUCUGCUUCUUCCUCAGGUUCACCAAGCUCCGCGACGGCCAAAACGUCUGGUUCAAUCUCCGAUGGUGGGUUAGCCGUCUCGAUGUCUGCUUCGCCACCAGGCACUGGCUCGACGAUCAGCAGGUGGUGAAGAAACGAAAAACGGAACUGGGUGGGACUUUAUCUGUCGCGAGUUGGAUUCUCUUCAUUGGCUUAUUCGCUGCGCUUCUUUACCAAAUCAUUACCAAGAGAACCAUCGAGGUUCAUAAUGUGAGAGCUUCCAAUUCCCCAGAUUUAGUCUCCUUCGAAAACGAUUUGGAGUUCAACAUUACUACCAUUUCUGCUAUGAGCUGCUUGAACUUGCGUGGAAUUGGGAAUGUUGUCACGGGGAAUCCUGGCUUCAGUGAUUUCAAAGCCACUUCCCUUUCCAGUUUUGGAAGUUAUGCCUGUCAGAAUACCACUCUUGGGCCAAUGGUUAACUUCAAAUGUACCAAAUGCCGUCUCACUAGCGACUACAUGUACAUUUCCUGGCAUUUCGUCGAUCUUCCUGAUGCCUCCGCUUCCGCUGUUGGAUUUCAGUUUAACUUCACUGCAAAGAAUGAAGCUAACAAGAAGCACAUAAGCUUUGUUAGUGGCAUUCUGAAAAAUGGGAGCCUCUUUGAUGAUAGACCGGUUACCUUCCGUGGAACAGAGACAAACAUAUUGAAGUUUAACCUGUUCCCUCGUAUUUACCAUACUUUGCAUGAUCUAAAGCUUAUACAACCUCUGUUCCACGAGUUCGCUCCCGGUACAAAUUACCGAGACACCUCACAGCUUCAGACAUCCCUUGGGAGGUCAAGUGAUGGUAUAGUCAACACCACUUUGUUCAUCAAUUAUCUCUCGGCCUACGUUGUUGAGGUAGAUCAUGAAAAUAUACUGGGUCCUGUCAGCUUCCUUGCGGAUCUUGGUGGUCUAUAUUGCAUUAGCAUUGGCAUAUUUUUCUACCUGCUUGUUCAGUGUGAGUACAGGAUCAAGAGGCUGAGGAGUGAAGAUGCCACUUUAAGAAGGAUAAGGAGUCGUAGGAAAGCUCUAGAACACUGGCAUAAACUGAGAAGAUAUGUUGCGUACACGUGGGGUUGCAGCCUGUUGGAUGAUGUCGUCAAAGCCAAAAAGGGAUCUAGUUUUAGUUGUUUAUUGAGCCGUCCAGCCUCUCGUGAAACGUCGAAUUUGGAAAGUGGGUCAUCAAGAAAAGUGGGGCAGCAUUCUACCAAUUUCAGCAAGAAGCAUAGUGUAGAAGAUAUUACGAAGAAUGUCGCUUCAGAACCUGCAGGGCAAGAAGUGAGAUCUUUUCAAACUGAUACUUCUUUGGAUCAUGGAGAUGAUCACUUGAAUAACAAGAAUCUAGAAGCAAAAGCUGAUGGCAAUGCUUGUCAGCUUCAUGCACUUUCUCAUACUCGUGAUAUAAUUCCUCCACCUCCUCCAAUGGAAUUCAACGAGGAGUGUGGUUCAGAAGUGGAUGCAGCCGACAUCAAGAAGAAACUCCGACUUCUCCAUGACUACAACCUACUGCUUGGGGAAAAGCUGAUGAACACUCAGUCUCAGCUCGAGGCUCUUGCUUCCCGAUUUCCAUCUUCUGACAUCGGCUGAAAAUCGUUCUAGAAAAUGUUCUGAGUUCUCUUCCUCGAUGUCCUAGAUUGACUUCUGUUCUUGGUAUACUCUCUUGUAAUUUAGACCCGAAAUUUCGUUUUAGAACAAAUGGAAAUGGUAACACAGUAAC